CAACGCCCGCUAUCACAAAUAUCGCGAGUCCCGUUGCGGAGACAGGCAGUAGGACAGACACCCACAUACCCACACCAAGGAGCAGGGUCUGGAAAAGUAGCAAAGCAACUACCAGGCAUACACCACCCACUGCACAGUACACAGCAAGAGGGGUUGCUUCACCGAAAGCGAAAAAAUUACUGCCCCGCGACACAUCCAUCCAUCGACUUGACGACCCGACCUAACUAACCUCCACACCUCACCUCCAUCCACAUCCACAAUCAUGGCUACCAACGGCGACAAGUUCGGCAACGAUAUCGUCGAGUCCGACUCGGGCUCCGACAACGAGUCUCACGUCGACCAGCACGAGUCCGACAACGAGGUCGAGGCCAAGCCGCGCAAGUCGGCCCUCAAGAAGGCCCCCGCCCCCGUCGUCCAGAGACCUCCCCUUCCUCCCCAGACCGAUCCCAAGGACCUCGACGUCAAGACCCUCAGCCCCCUCACCCCCGAGAUCAUUGCGCGACAGGCCACCAUCAACAUCGGCACCAUCGGCCACGUCGCCCACGGCAAGUCGACAGUAGUAAAAGCCAUCUCGGGCGUCCAGACGGUCCGUUUCAAGAACGAGCUCAUCCGCAACAUCACAAUCAAGCUCGGUUACGCCAACGCAAAGAUCUACAAGUGCGACAACCCAGCAUGCCCUCGCCCGACAUGCUACAGGAGUUACAAGUCCGAGAAGGAGGUUGAUCCCCCUUGCGAGCGCGAGGGUUGCGAGGGCACCUACCGUCUGUUGCGCCAUGUCUCCUUCGUCGACUGCCCUGGUCACGAUAUUCUCAUGAGCACUAUGCUUUCAGGUGCCGCUGUCAUGGACGCCGCUCUCCUCCUGAUUGCCGGAAACGAAUCCUGCCCCCAGCCCCAGACCUCCGAACAUUUGGCUGCCAUCGAGAUUAUGAAGCUCGACAAGAUCAUCAUCCUCCAGAACAAGGUCGAUCUCAUGCGCGAGGAGGCCGCCAAGCAGCACUACGAGUCCAUCCUCAAGUUCAUCCGUGGUACCGUUGCUGGAAAGUCGCCCAUCAUCCCCAUCUCGGCCCAGCUCAAGUUCAACAUUGACGCCAUCAACGAUGCCAUCGUCAACACCAUCCCCGUUCCUCCCAGGGAUUUCUCCAUGGACCCCCAGAUGAUUGUCAUUCGUUCCUUCGACGUCAACAAGCCCGGUGCCGAGAUUGACGAGCUCAAGGGUGGUGUUGCCGGUGGUUCCAUUCUCCACGGUGUCCUCAAGCUCGGCGACGAGAUCGAGAUCCGUCCCGGUAUCGUCACCCGUGACGAGAAGGGCGACCUCAAGUGCACUCCCAUCUUCAGCAGGAUCGUCUCCCUCAACUCCGAGGCCAACGACCUCAAGUACGCCGUGCCCGGUGGUCUCAUUGGUGUCGGUACCCGCAUCGACCCUACCCUCUGCCGUGCCGAUCGUCUGGUCGGUUUCGUCCUCGGUCUCAAGGGCCGCCUCCCCGAGAUCUACUCCGAGAUCGAAGUCAACUUCUACCUCCUCCGCCGCCUUCUCGGUGUCCGCACCGCCGACGGCAAGCAGGCCAAGGUCGACAAGCUCGCCAAGAACGAAGUCAUCAUGGUCAACAUUGGUUCCACCUCCACCGGUGCCAAGGUCUCCGCCAUCAAGAAGGAUGCCGCCAAGCUCAUCCUCACCUCCCCCGCCUGCACGAGCAUUGGCGAGAAGGUUGCCCUUUCCAGACGUAUCGAGAAGCACUGGCGUCUUAUCGGUUGGGCCACCAUUGCUGCCGGUGUUACCCUCGAGCCUUCCACCUCUUAAGCGAGCGACCAGAAAAUAUCCAAAGUUUAUACAUCGCUUGAUCAGGAAGAGGAAAAUUGAAAGGUUUUUAAAUUUUUGGUUGCUCUAAUGAUGAAAUAUCCAAAAAGUCGUUGGGGAUGAUCAAAGAAGAAUGGAAACUUGGGCGCGGACACGGAAGGAAACGGCGUAGCGUGGGGAAACCGGGACCUGUGUUUCUAAAACUAGCCUUGUGAAAUUUGUACAUGGUCUUCUUAUUUUUUAUCCAUCCAAACAAGCAUGGGCCGGAGAGAGUAAACGAUGAAAAGGGAGCACUCAAGUAGAAAGACUGGUCAUACGAUUUGUUGAAGAAGAUGGGAGAGAGAGGAAUGUUGUGUGUGAAAAGAGGAACUUGUGAAGAAGAGAAACACGUUAUGUACCGUGGUCUUUUAGGUUUUUUUCUCUUUGUACAAAAAGUCAUGUUUUGGUAUGGUAGGUACUUUGGGUUUACCAGGUAGUUAGUGGUGAAGGUAGAGAAGAUGAACACGUUGAUUUUGUCAUGGUCC